AUGUCCUACGUCCUACGCUUUCUACGGCGCACUAAGGGUCCAUUUGGGGACAAGGGCUGUCUUACGUUUGAGGAAAUCACCGCGGCACGCAUUGUAUGCUUGCGCCACGCGCAAACCUGCUUUCAGGAUGACUAUCAAUUGCUACUCGCAAAUAAACCAUUGCGAAGUCGAUCUCAGCUGGCUAAACUCUCGCCAAUGAUCGACAAGGACGGACUACUCAGGGUUGGAGGACGCUUGCACCACUCGCAAUUGUCCACAGAGGCGAAACAUCCCGUUUUGCUACCGAAAUCUCAUCGCAUUACCAAGCUGAUACUUGAAUACGAACAUAGGGUCAACCUGCACCCUGGCUUCUCUUCACUAUUUGUAAUGGUACGUCAAAGAUUCUGGAUAUUUGGCACAAGGAACUUGAUGAGGAAAGUCACACACGACUGUUUGGCUUGUUUUCGACAACGGCAUCAUACAUCACAACAAAGGAUGGCUGAUCUACCCAGCAUUCGUGUCACUCAGGCACUUCCAUUUGUAAACACGGGAUGUGACUAUGCUGGUCCAAUCCUUCUUAAGGAUGGAAAGGGGCGCAAACCGCGCAUUGGUAAGGGCUACAUAUGCCUAUUUGUUUGUCUGGUCACAUCGACAAUCCAUCUGGAACUUGUAACGGACUUGAGCACCGACUCAUUCUUGGCCGCGCUAAGACGUUUCGUCUCUCUGCGUGGCAAGUGCAACAAAAUCUAUAGCGACAACGGAACGAAUUUCAUUGGAGCUAAACGCUCUCUUGAUGAAAUGCAGAAGCUGCUGGCAUCUCAACCACACAUCGAAAAGGUUAGGACCACUCUGGCGAAUGAUGGCAUUCAAUGGGUAUUCAUUCCACCACAUGCUCCUCAUUGGGGAGGAAAAUGGGAAUCUGCAGUCAGAUGCGUAAAGCUGCAUAUUCGCCGAGUCAUUGAGAAAUCUACUCUCACCUACGAGCAGAUGCGAACUCUACUUGCACAAGUCAGUGCAGUGGUCAACUCACGACCCUUGUGCUACAACUCGGACACAGAUGUCAAUUAUUUGUCUCAAGCACAUUUCUUGAUCGGCAGGCCUCUCACAACCAUACCAGAGGCAGACUUAGGCCACAUCCCCGUGGGCCGACUUGGGUACUGGCAAAGUAUCCAAUCUAUGAUGCAAAGCUUCUGGAAGCAAUGA